AUGGGUCAAACCCCCGUCCUCGACCAAUUCCUCGCCAGUUUGCAGGAAAUCGUUCAGAGUCGCGAUGGCUCCAAACUCCAGGACUUUCUCCAGCUGGAGCCACCCCUCUCCGAAAUCUAUCAGCGCAUGAUUGUUGAACUCAGAGAAAAUUAUGGCCCAUUCCCCAAGACAGACGCCGACAUUCUGCAGCGAUGCGAACGUCUCGUACCCCGAACCAAGGGCGGUUCCUCAUGGACGGCUUUCCCGACUUUCAUCAAGCUAUACCUGAUCUUCCUGCGCGACAUGAACACCGAUAACCUCCUUGAGACAUACAACCAGUUGAAGGCGCUGUUAAAUCAGUGCGUGCUCGCUCUCGGAGACAGCCAACUGGGAGUUGUUGUCCUUCCUACCGUUCUCUAUCUGUCCAAAGUCCUGGCAAAACUAGCCCUGGGUCUGGACCGCCGGCCGGACCUGAUCGCGCAUAUUCGACGAGUGGAAGGUCUGGCAGACCAGGAUGAGAGUGUGGAGAAGGUAACUUUGGUGGAGAAGUCAGCCAACGUUGUGCGUGAAGCAUUCAUCAAAUGCUUGACCGAUCGUACCGGCACGCCUGGCCCGAAUGGCAAACCAGAAGGCAAGCGCGUUGGUAUCUAUCUCAUGGCCAACCUCUGCCUGAAACUGCUCUUCCAGUGCGGGAAACUGCGCAACGCGGAACAGAUGUUCGCCAGCAUCAGCGCUCAAUCACCUCCUCUGGCUCACUUCCCUGCCUCGCAGCGCGUCACCUACCUAUACUACCUCGGACGCUAUCUAUUCGCCAAUAACCUCUUCUACCCCGCUCAAAUCGCCCUCCAAGCUGCCUACGACCAAUGUCACCGCCAGGCCACAAGUCAACGACAUUUGAUCCUCUCAUACCUCAUCCCGUGUAACAUCAUCCUGGGUCGAUUCCCAUCCCAGGAACUCUUCCAAAGACCGGAGGCGCAAGGUCUUGCGCAACAUUUUCAGCCUCUAUGUCAACUCAUUGUUCGUGGAGAUUACAUCGCCUUCCGACAACAUCUAUCCUUUGGCUCACCCACCGCCCACUGGUUCGCGCGCAAAGGAAUCCUCCUCACACUCCGCAAUCGAUGUGAAAUUCUUGUGUGGCGGUCAUUUUCUCGCAAAGUUUUCAUGUAUGGAGGCUCUUAUGGAGGUCCGCAAGCGCAGGCGCAGCGCGGUCCACCACCUAUUCUCUAUCUUAAGAAGAUCGCGGCAGCUACGCGAUGGCUUCAAUUACAACACACACCCUCAACGAAUGGUCAUGCCCACUUCCCACCUGCUUCCAACAUCCAUGGAUCCCAGGUGGUCUCCGAACCCACGGAUCCUGACUAUGCCGCCUUGGAAGGCGCAGAUGGAAGGGUCAGCCCCUCCAUCGAGCAGGAUAUAUUGAGCAAUUUCGGCGACUACAUAGCCCCGGGCAGCUUGUAUACCGGGCAAGGACACUUAAUGCCCAACGCACCAGGUUCAUUAGUGGAAGGCGACCCCCAAGAGAACUACGGGAAUUACGAACUGGAUCCAUAUGCCUUUGUCCCCGAAGACAGCACAGAUCCAGACAAGUCUCCUAUGAUGCGAGAAAUCGAAUCAAUAUUGGCAUCAUUGCUCACACAAGGACUGAUGGGUGGAUAUAUUCUCCACCGCGAGCCCCGAUUCGCCAUUCCAGGUGCCAAACUGAAGGGUAUUAUGCCCACUGGAUUCCCAAAUGUUUGGCAGACAAUCUAUGCACAUGAAAGCGUUGACAAGAAUGUGCCUGGUUGGGUAAAGCCUCGCGCGCCCAUUGGACUCGGAGCUGGAGGUGGACGCGUUGUCAAUCUUGCAGGAGCACGUCCCGUCGGGAUGCAAUGA